AUGUCGGCACGAGAAAGCAAUGACAAUGACGCCCCUGCGCCAUGGGAUCAUCAUGCUCCGGAUCAUAACUCAGCGCAGAAAAGAGUUCGCUUGGAAAACGACGAUCCACAACAGCGUCCCUCGCGCAAGAAAAGGGCCUUGAGCGCAUGUGAGGUUUGCCGGGCACGCAAGACCAAAUGCAGCAACGACAGACCGAGAUGUAAGUAUUGCCAGGACAAUGACUUGGAGUGCGUCUAUCUAUCCCAAAAGGAGAAUCCAGAACGCGAUCCAAAUCUACUCAUCCUGAGCAAACUGAACGACAUUAUCGACCGGCUAGAUCGUGCAGGCGUGCCUACACCUGCGUCUAUCGGAUUAAUGGCCAGUCAUCGUUCUCACUCCAGAACAGCCUCGAAUUCAGCAAGUCCAGCUGUGUUGUCAACGUCCCAACACGAACCGCCGUCAGAUUCUUACGAUGACGAAGAGCUCCGAAUCCCCUCCGCUCGAACAUCGGCAGACAAUGUCCUCCUCUGGCCCAUCUUCGAACAAAGGUACCAGGCCCAUUUCUUUGUGAGUGGUCUGUUCACCCGCUCGUUCCAUGCCGGUAAUGGGAACCAGGGGAGUCAGACAUUUCUCAACCCUGGCUUAAGGCUCAACUCUACGACCAAUGUCUCCAUGGGAAUAUCUAUCGAGGAGAAUGUGGUCGAGCAUGUCGAGGCUUUUCUGAUGCUCGUCUAUCCUAAAAACCCCGUGCUCGACCCGGUCAAGCUCAGGCGUUACGCCCAAGCUGUUGAAGAGAACGGAAUUGGGUGGAAUGAUGAAUCAUGCCUGGUGCUCCUAGUAUGCGCCGUUGGUUCCAUGGCCGUACCGUUUUCAGGUUUGCAGGCUCACAACGGUCUUCACUUGAGUGGCGAGAUAUCCUCACAGGAAGCAUUCUCGGAAAAACUCGCAAUUGCAAGAUAUUACUACAAAUUGGCGCAAAAGAGAAUAGGUCUGUUGAGCGGAGCGAUAACGAAAGCACAAUGUCAUUUUUUGCUGGGAAUAUAUUACUCCUACGUAUUCCAACCGGUGGAGGCGUGGCAAAGCUUUGUGCAGGCUUCGCUGGCCCAUCAUACGUACCUGCAAGGACGGAUCAUCAGCGGAGAUCUAGAGGACGCUGAUCCCGACAGCGGAAAGGAGCGAGCAGCGAGGAGGCUGGAGCAAUGCUUGUAUUGGUCCGCUUUCCGUUCUGAAUGUGACAUGAGGCUCCAGUUGCCAGUCCUUCAAACUACGACAGACUUCAAAUACGCCAACAUGUUUCCCUCGCCACCAGAGAAUCACUCGCUAGAAGACGUGACCACCACUGAACGUGCCACAUCCAGCAGCAUGGAGUCAAGACCACAGGUGGCCUGUGAUGGGGACCAAGGAUCUGUCGCCAAAAGGACGGCAUUUGAUAAACAAAAGUGGGAGCAGAAUUGGUUCUUCUACUUCACUGAAAUCACCUUGCGGCGAAUCGGAAAUCGCAUCUUGAACGCCCUUUACAAGUAUGACAGCUAUCCCGGAGCCGGUUUGACCAUAACAGAGAUGUUCAAGCUAGUGGCCCACUUUGAUGAGCAGUUGUCCGAAUUCCACAGAAAGAUUCCCGCUCUCCUGUAUUUUGAGAAGGACCAACGUGUCGUCCCCACACAAGAACUUCCCAUGAUCACUCGAGGGCGGUUUUGCGAGAUCAGCUCAUCGCUGUAUCGACCCCUGUUAUACUAUGCAAUCCACCACGAUGCAGCUGACACUUACCAGACCUUGAUCAAGCCAUUCGUAGACAAGUGCAUUACAUUCGGGUUCUGGUUCAUCGAUCAAGUGGCACAACUGCAUCGCCACCACGGGACCUGGUGGUCCGUCCACCACGGCUCUGGUGUCAGCCUUGCACUCAUCGCAGCGUCGAGAUGUGGCCACAUCGAGAUGCCACUGGGAUGGGAAACGUCCGUUGAAACCCAUAUCUCCAUCCUCCGAUAUUGGGAGGCAGAGUGUCCCGAAUUCGCCAAAGCCAGGAUGGUUAUCGAAACAGAAUUUGAUCAAGCCAGAGCGUACAAUGCGCCUACCUGA